CAUUUGUUUUUCCGGUGGUUUGAAACGCGCCGAAUUACUUUCAGCUGGUGGUGACCUGGAGCUGAUGGGGGACGAAAAAGACAGCUGGAAAGUAAAAACGCUUGAUGAAAUUUUACAAGAAAAAAAGCGCAGACGAGAGCUCGAAGAGAAGACUGAUUCAAAGCGCCUGAAAAAUACGGAUGAAAGGGAAUCCAAAAGGGACACUCCAGAAGAAGGAGAGCUACGAGACCACAGGAUGGAAAUAACAAUACGCAAUUCUCCAUAUGUCCGUGAGGACUCGACUGAAGACAGAGGGGAGGAAGAUGAAUCCCUGGCAAUAAAACCUCCACAACAGAUGUCACGGAAGGACAAAUCAUAUCACAGGAAAGAAGAGAAGCGAAAGGAUAAAAGGAGACACAGGAGUCACUCUGCAGAAGGAGCAGGCAAACACAUGCGAGUGAAGGACAAAAUAAAGGAACGGGAUAACGAGAGACGCAAACGACAGUGGCAAGAAGACAGCAAAUCUCACAGAGACUAUGAAAGACAGAAACGACGGGAUCAGGCCAGGGCACACUCGCGUAGAGAAAGGGACCGGCUUGAGCAACUGGAGCGCCAGCGUGAGAGGGAUAGGAAGCUUCGGGAGCAGCAACAAAAGGAACAGAGGGAACAGCGUGAGUUUAAGGAGAGAGAGAGGAGGGCAGAAGAGCGGCGCAAGGAACGGGAGGCGCGGCGUGAAGGUCCACCCUCUCACCACAGAGGUGGCGCUUUAGAUGAUUACGGAGACAAAGCCAAGCCUCGGCAUCGCAGCCGCAGCAGGAGUCCUGUUCGCAUGCAGAGAGAACAAAGAUCAGAGGGAGGUGAACAGCGGCGUGCAGUGAAAGAAGAAAAGAUAGAAGAUCUGCUUGCUGAUCUUCAGGAUAUCAGUGAUAGUGAGAGAAAGACCAACAGUACAGCUGAGUCCUCAGUUGGAUCGGGUUCAGGCUCAGAAGACGAUGAAGAUGAAGACGACGAGUCAAGCAGCCAGAGUGAGGGAGAUGGAGAGGCAGAGUCCGGAUCAGAGUCUGAAGGAUCUGAUCAAAGUGCAGAUGAUGUAAGUGAAGAUGAACAAUCAGAAGAUGAGGAAGAUGAGCGGGAGAAUGGAAAUCACAUACCUGCUGUUCCAGAAUCACGGUUUGAUCACGACUCGGAGGAGAGUCUAGAAGAGGAGGAAGUCGGGGAAGGAGAUGAAGAAGAUGUGACUCCUCAGUCUCAUUCUCACUCAGCAACACCGGAGGAAAAUUACGUCCCUGACUCACCGCCUGUCUCGCCUGUAGAGCUGAAAAAAGAGCUGCCCAAAUAUCUCCCAGCAUUACAGGGCUGUCGUAGUGUGGAGGAAUUCCAGUGUUUAAAUCGAAUUGAAGAGGGCACCUAUGGAGUGGUCUACAGAGCCAAAGACAAGAAGACAGAUGAAAUUGUGGCUCUCAAAAGACUGAAAAUGGAAAAAGAGAAGGAGGGCUUUCCUAUCACUUCUCUCCGAGAGAUCAACACUAUCCUUAAAGCCCAGCAUCCCAACAUUGUCACUGUCAGGGAGAUUGUUGUGGGCAGUAAUAUGGAUAAGAUCUACAUAGUGAUGAACUACGUCGAACAUGAUCUAAAGAGUCUCAUGGAAACCAUGAAACAGCCUUUCUUACCAGGAGAAGUAAAGACAUUGAUGAUUCAGCUGCUAAGGGGAGUUCGUCAUCUCCAUGACAACUGGAUCCUGCAUCGUGACCUUAAGACUUCCAACCUGUUGUUGAGCCACAAGGGUAUUCUAAAGGUUGGUGAUUUUGGACUGGCACGAGAGUAUGGCUCCCCCCUAAAGCCUUACACACCAGUGGUGGUCACACUGUGGUAUCGUAGCCCAGAGCUGCUUUUGGGUGCAAAGGAGUACUCCACAGCUGUGGACAUGUGGUCAGUGGGCUGCAUAUUUGGAGAGCUUCUCACCCAAAAACCGCUCUUCCCGGGGAAGUCUGAGAUUGACCAAAUCAACAAAAUAUUUAAGGACCUUGGCUCUCCCAGUGAGAAGAUUUGGCCAGGCUACAGUGAGCUGCCCGCUGUGAAGAAGAUGACUUUUACAGAACAUCUCUAUAACAACCUACGCAAGCGCUUUGGUGCUCUGCUUUCAGAUCAGGGCUUCGACCUCAUGAACAAAUUCCUUACCUACUGCCCCGCCAAGCGGAUCAGCGCCGAUGAAGCCCUGAAGCACGAGUAUUUUCGGGAAACACCACUCCCCAUUGAUCCUUCCAUGUUUCCAACUUGGCCAGCGAAGAGCGAACAGCAGCGGGUGAAAAGAGGAACAAGCCCUCGACCACCGGAGGGAGGUCUGGGCUACAGCCAGCUGGGAGAUGACGAUCUAAAAGACACAGGCUUCCACCUCACCACAGCUAAUCAAGGACUAUCCAAGUGUGGCCCGGGAUUCAGUCUGAAAUUCUAAACCCUGUGCCUGUUUAGGUACUAGGCCACUGCCAGGAGAUUUUUUGCAGUCUUUGUGGCACUUGAACCAGGACUUACAUUUAAAAGAGACUUGAAAGCUAACCUAACUUUUGUGGUCAUUUGACACAAUACACAGACAAAGAAAGUCAGACUUUUUCUUUCAGCACCAUGAACUGCUUUUAUCACAACCCCAAAUUGGGCUUCUGUCUCCUUUUUUUUGGCCUUUUUGUGAUCAUUGUUAUUCCAGGCCAUUUUCCCUUUUGUAGUGGGUUUUCAGCAUACUUCAUAUUUCAUUGUCUGUUCCUUACAGAUAUUGAAUUUCAAAACUGGUUUUAAGCAACUGAUGAGGAACUGUUCAUGCUUAAAAUCUGCAUUGACUACGUAUACUGAAUCCAUAAUUGGUAGUAGAUUGUGUUGUAGGAAAUAAAAGUAUUUUAAAGUAAA